CUCUCUCUCUCUCUCUCUCUCACACACACACACACACACACACACUCACACACACACACACACCCACACACUCUCGCUCACUCACACACAAACACACACACUCUGAGAAAUGCUCUCUUCAGCCCAAACCCCUCGCUUCCUCCUCCUCCAUUCUCGAUUUCCCCAUAAACUCCUCCACUUCCAAACCCCCAAGUCCCUUCACACUUUCCAAACCCAAGCCCAAAUUCUCUCUCCGUCUCCACCCACCUCCCAAAUCCUCACCAUCCGCGAAUCCCUCCUCUCUCGCUCCACGACCGCCGUCGAACUCGCUUCCAAUUACCUCCACCACCUCCGUCGCACCGAACCACACCUCAAUAGCUUCCUCCACAUAUCCGAUACUGUUUUGAAAGAGGCCGAAGAGAUUGAUAGGAAGAUUCAGAACAAUGAGGAGGUCGGACCUCUGGCUGGGGUUUUGGUGGGGGUCAAGGAUAAUAUUUGUACGGUGGAUAUGCCGUCGACUGCUGGGUCUAGGGCUUUAGAGAAUUACAGGCCGCCGUUUGAUGCCACGGCGGUGAGGAAGCUGAGGGAAUGUGGCGCCAUUGUUGUUGGGAAGACUAAUUUGGAUGAAUUUGGUAUGGGGAGUACAACCGAGGGCUCCGCCUACCAGGUGACUGCAAAUCCUUGGGACCUGUCUCGGGUACCAGGAGGGUCAUCAGGGGGCUCAGCUGCUGCUGUUUCUGCUAGACAGUGCAUAGUAUCAUUGGGAAGUGAUACUGGUGGAAGCGUCAGGCAGCCAGCAUCUUUUUGUGGUGUUGUUGGACUGAAGCCAACAUAUGGGCGUGUCUCAAGAUAUGGACUCGUGGCAUAUGCAUCAUCCCUGGAUGUUAUUGGAUGCUUUGGUUCCUCAGUUGCUGACACAGGGAUUCUCCUCAAUGUAAUUUCUGGUCAUGAUAGACAUGAUGCCACUAGUAGCAAGCGAGAAGUUCCUAACUUCACAUUUCAAUCCAUCUCCCCAGAUUCUAUUGAAUCUAAGCCUUUGAGAGGACUGAGGGUUGGCAUCAUACGUGAAACUCUUCAGGAAGGAGUUGAUUCAGAAGUAAUUUCUUCUAUCCGCGAUGCAGCUUCUCAUUUGGAAGAAUUAGGAUGCAGUCUGACAGAGGUCUCGUUGCCAUCCUUUUCCCUUGGAUUACCAGCAUACUACAUCCUUGCUACCUCCGAAUCAUCUUCAAAUUUAUCUCGUUAUGAUGGUGUCAGGUAUGGAAACCAGGCCGUUGCUGAUGUGCUGAAUUCCCUCUACGGUGAUUCCCGAGCUAAAGGCCUUGGCUCUGAGGUGAAAAUGAGAAUUUUAAUGGGAACUUAUGCCCUUUCAGCUGGUUAUUAUGAUGCAUACUACAAGCGUGCCCAAAAGGUAAGGACCCUAGUUCAGAAGAGCUUCAAGACAGCGUUGGAUGAAAAUGACAUCCUGAUUUCACCUGCAGCACCAUCUGCUGCUUAUAAGAUUGGUGAGAAGAAAAGUGAUCCAUUGGCUAUGUAUGCUGGUGACAUCAUGACUGUUAAUAUUAACUUGGCUGGCCUGCCUGCAUUGGUUUUACCAUGUGGACUUGUGCAAGGGGGAUCUGCCGGCCUUCCAGUUGGUAUUCAAAUGAUUGGUGCAGCAUUUGAUGAGGAAAAGUUGCUUAAAGUGGGACAUAUCUUCGAGCAAACUCUUCAAGGUUGCUGUUUUGUCCCUCCACUGGUAGCAGAUGGCUUUGCAUGCUAGCGACCCAUCAAUCUUGCUUGUCAUGGAAGCAAAAACCAGCUUUCGAGAGUUGCCAAUGCUAUACCAAUCUACCAUAUACAUAGGGAGGUUUGGGACUCGCACAUAUUUUCAAAGCAGCUUUCAUAGAACCAGACCUGAUGGUAGACGGGUAAUGACACUUCUCUUGAAUCAUUGUAGCAGCGAAACCACCUUUUUUGAUCGUGUUAAUUUGUUGAGAAAAAGAAAGAGGGCGGAGGGAGGAGGUAGAAAAAAAGAGAAAAUGGUUUUUUUUUUUUUUUUUUUUGGGGGGGGGGGUCAUAGUACUCAGGUGUCACUUUUAGAGGUUUCAAAUACUCGUCCGCUCAAUUUUUUGUUAUAUUUAUUACCUGCAAUGGGAGGUUUUUGAGAGAUUGAAUCCGAGUCUGGAAGAUAGAUUGAACAAUUAGCACUAGGUGAGGAUUGUUGGGUGAGCUUCUCUGCAAUGUUGCCAAAAUAAUGGCUUUGUAUGUUCACUGGUGUGUUUGCCUUUUCUGAUGAAGUAGAAAAAGGGUGCAGAUUUUUUUUUUUGCCAUAGGUUUUUUCAGCGGUUUUGGUGGCGUGUCGAUAAUUAUAACUCAAUCAAGUCAAGACUCAAAUAUGUCCAAUUAUAAGAUCAGUUCUAAUGUAAUAAGUACAAUCAUAAGCAUUUAGGAUUGGUGCUAU